CCGCAGGCCUGGCGCGCUUCGGAGUUUAGAACCCGAGCGGGAGCGCGUGGCCAUGGCAGCCGCAGAGGCCGAUUUGGAGUCAUUGGUAACGGGUCUGUACGACGUGCAGGCUUUUAAAUUUGGGAACUUCGUACUGAAGAGCGGGCUCUCUUCCCCUGUUUACAUCGAUCUACGCGGCAUCGUGUCUCGACCACGUCUUCUCAGUGAGGUUGCAGAAAUUUUAUUCCAAACUGCCCAAAAUGCAGGGAUCAAUUUUGACACUGUGUGUGGAGUACCUUAUACAGCUUUACCAUUGGCUACAGUUAUCUCUUCAACCAACCAAAUUCCAAUGCUUAUUAGAAGGAAGGAAACAAAGGAUUAUGGUACUAAGCGUCUUGUAGAAGGAGCUAUUAACCCAGGAGAAACCUGUUUGAUCAUUGAAGAUGUCGUUACCAGUGGAUCUAGUGUUUUGGAAACUGUUGAAGUUCUUCAGAAGGAGGGUUUGAAGGUCACUGACGCCAUAGUGCUGCUGGACAGAGAGCAAGGAGGCAAAGACAAGUUGCAGGCACAUGGUAUCCAUCUUCACUCAGUGUGUACAUUGUCCAAAAUGCUGGAGAUUCUUGAGCGACAGAAAAAAAUUGAUGCGGAGAUGGUCGGGAGAGUGAAGAGAUUUAUUCAGGAGAAUGUUUUUGUAGCAGCGAAUCGUGAUGGUUCUCUCCUUUCUGUAAACAAAGCUCCCGGGGAACUCAGCUUUGGUGCACGUGCAGAGCUACCCAGGAUCCACCCAGUUGCAGCAAAGCUCCUCAGGCUUAUGCAAAAGAAAGAGAGCAAUCUGUGUCUGUCUGCAGAUAUUUCAGAGGCUAGAGAGCUGUUGCAGCUAGCUGAUACUUUGGGACCCAGCAUCUGCAUGCUCAAGACUCACGUAGACAUUUUGAAUGACUUUACUCUGGAUAUGAUGAAGGAGUUAGCAACUCUGGCAAAACGACAUGAAUUCUUAAUAUUUGAAGACCGGAAAUUUGCAGAUAUAGGAAACACAGUAAAAAAACAGUACGAAGGUGGUAUCUUUAAAAUAGCUUCCUGGGCAGAUCUGGUCAAUGCUCAUGUGGUGCCAGGUUCAGGGGUCGUGAGAGGCCUGAGGGAAGUAGGCCUGCCUUUGCACCGGGGGUGCCUCCUCAUCGCAGAAAUGAGCUCUGCUGGCUCCUUGGCUACAGGCAGCUACACGAAAGCAGCGGUUGAAAUGGCUGAGGAACAUUCUGAAUUUGUGGUUGGUUUUAUUUCUGGCUCCCGAGUAAGCAUGAAACCAGAAUUUCUUCACUUGACUCCAGGAGUUCAGUUAGAAGCAGGAGGGGAUAAUCUUGGCCAACAGUAUAAUAGUCCACAAGAAGUUAUUGGCAAACGAGGAUCCGAUAUCAUCAUUGUAGGCCGGGGCAUAAUAAUGUCAUCUAAUCAUCUGGAAGCAGCUGAGUUGUACCGAAAAGCUGCUUGGCAAGCUUAUUUGAGUAGACUUGGAAUUUGAGUGUCUUGGAUACAUGUUUGUGAAGACCUUGAAGAUGCAUGAUCUCCUGAGAUGCAUAGCGUGAAAUAAUCAGCAUUUGAUUGGAUUCUUUCGUGGGUUCUGUGUUGGAAUGACUUCUAGAUUUCUCACAGUCUUUAGGAAAUACUGAAUGAUGAGUAAUCAUUGCGUUGUUACUAUAAUAAAUUUAUUUUCAAGGUU